AGCAGUGCAAAUUGUGUAAUGUUUCAUCUGUCCCCAAAUACACAAAAGUGUCUGCAAGAAGAUAUGCAGGCCAAUCAGCUUGUCAUGGGCGAAUAUGAGGUGACAGAUGUACCCGGCCAAGUCAUUGACUACAUUGCUCGAGACUCAAAGGGACAUAUCCUGUCCCAAAAGGAACACAUUACAAAAGGAAAGUUCAGUUUCAUGUCAGAAAUUUAUGAUACCUAUGAGAUCUGUUUUAUUUCCAAAGUACCCCCACAUCAACGCGGCGUUGUGCAAGAGGUAUCGUUAAUAACUAAGAAAGGAGUUGAAACUAAAAACUAUGAAGGAAUUGCGGAGGCAUCUAAGAUAAAACCCCUUGAAGUUGAUUUGAAACGUUUGGAGGAUUUGUCUGACUCAAUUGUAAGAGAUUUCGCUUUGAUGAGGAAGCGUGAAGAAGAAAUGCGAGAUACUAAUGAGAAAACGAACAGCCGAGUACUAUUCUUCAGUAUCUUCAGUAUGUGCUGCCUUCUAGGACUAGCGACGUGGCAAGUUCUUUAUUUGCGCAGAUACUUCAAAGCAAAGAAACUCAUAGAAUAAAUAUAAAUAUUAAGGCAUUUUUAAA